CGCCAAAGGUCAGAAAGUGUUUGGGCAAGAGAAAGGAAAAUGUAGACUGCUAUUGCGAAUAGCACCGCAGAAAAACAGCCCUUUUGCCGAUUUUUGCAAAACAGAGGUCAACAAUAUUCGAAUCAAAUAAAAGAGCACAAUGUCUAGUGGAGAUACUCAAUAUGUUGGACCAUAUAAAUUGGAGAAAACCCUUGGAAAGGGCCAAACCGGACUGGUCAAGUUGGGCGUCCAUUGCGUUUCAGGGAAAAAAGUGGCAAUAAAAAUCAUCAACAAAGAGAAGCUCAGCGAGUCCGUUUUGAUGAAGGUGGAGCGUGAGAUAGCAAUAAUGAAGUUGAUUGAGCAUCCACAUGUCCUGGGGCUAUAUGAUGUCUAUGAAAACAGGAAAUAUCUGUAUUUAAUCUUGGAGCACGUUGCCGGUGGAGAGCUGUUUGAUUACCUGGUGAAGAAAGGUCGAUUAACUCCCAGAGAAGCGAGACGAUUCUUCAGGCAGAUUAUCUCGGCCAUUGACUUUUGUCAUAGUUACUCAAUAUGCCACCGUGAUCUGAAACCAGAGAAUCUUCUCCUGGAUGAUAAGAAUAACAUCAGAGUGGCAGACUUUGGGAUGGCAUCACUGCAGCUAGACUCAUCCCUCCUCGAGACGAGCUGUGGUUCACCUCAUUAUGCAUGUCCGGAAGUUAUAAGAGGAGAGAAGUAUGAUGGAAGGAAAGCCGAUGUCUGGAGUGCUGGAGUGAUUCUGUAUGCCCUUUUAGUGGGAGCAUUACCGUUUGAUGAUGACAACCUGAGGAAUCUUCUAGAGAAGGUCAAGCGAGGGGUCUUUCACAUUCCACAUUUUGUUCCGCCAGAUUGUCAGAACCUGUUGAGGGGCAUGGUGGAAGUGAACGCAGAUAAGAGAUUAACACUAUCCCAAAUUCAGAGGCAUCCUUGGUAUGUGUUCAGGGGAACAAGAAAUGAAAACCAACCCGAGUCAGAUAUUCCAAAGAAACACCAUAUCAAAAUACCUCCAAUUCUUGGUGAUGAAGAUGUAGAUCCAGAUGUUAUAGGCAGCAUGACGUCACUAGGGUGCUUCAAAGAUAGACCUAAACUUCUACGCAAUCUGUUAUCACCGCAUCACAACUCAGAGAAGGUUAUCUACUCAUUAUUGCUGGAUCGAAAACAAAGAAAACCAAGCUUUGAAGAUGAGUUAGAAUACAGAACAAGAUCAGAUUCAGCUGAUCCUCCUAGGAAGAGAGUGGACUCCUAUCACAGGAGAAGAUCAGAGAGAAAGUCCUUUGAUAUGACCAGAGAUGGGUCCAUGUCACCAGCCAGGAGAGCCAUGUCACAUCACAACUCAGGUAGAUCAAGAAGCGUGACCAGCAGCCCUCUAGCUUCCCCCACCCACAGCCCACGCCAGGUCUGCAGACAGCACUCCGGUAGCAGCCUGGUGUCCACCGGGUCAGGCAGCACGCCCCCCGCCAGCCCCACCGCUACCUCACAGCAGGGGCAACAGCAGCAAGGGGGACAGUCGACGCCCUGGAGGGCACGCCUCAAUAGUCUCAAGAAUACCAUCUUGGGCUCGCCGAGGUUCCAUCGACGCAAGAUGCAACCAGCGGAACCGGAUGAACUCUCACUCACGCCAGACAACUCACCUGAAAUGUCCAAGAAAUCUUGGUUUAGUAGUUUUAUGGGAGCAGAACGAGCCGUAGAUGAGGAGCUAUCGAUAGCCGUCAGGGAUAAAUCCCUUAGUUCAAUCAAGGCCGAAUUAGUUCAAGCAUUCCUUACAAUUCCAGACAUGAGUCACAGCGUGCACUCGACCACAUCCUUCAAGGCGGAGUUCAAGCGAGCUGGAAGCGGUGCCGUCUUUGCCAAACCCAUCAAGUUUCAGGUUGAGAUCUUGACCCCUGACGGGAGCGAGGCAGCCAAGGAGAACGUGGUUCAUAUCCUACACUUCCUUCUCAUCUCAGGUCCAAUCAGGAGAUUCCGUCGUCUUGUCGAACUCAUCCAAGCCCGUCUCACCUCCUCCCGCGUCAACUCGACCGAGUCCCUCCCCGGUCCAAUCCGAUCCUCUUCAACCGGGAGCUCCUCCUCCACGAGUGUCGACUAUGCCGUCUCGCCCCGCCCCAUCAAUCCCGCGUUCAGCGAAGACGACGGUGAUGAGGUCUUCUCGGACGGCCGAUCGGUCUCGCGGGAAGGCCUGAUGGCCGACGCUGCCAAGGAUCGUGCCUCUAGUCAAGUGUCAAAUAGCAUUUGCUGAUGCAAUCCCAUGUACUCGUUUUUGUGUCUGCUGCUGGUCUUUUUGUUGAACGCUAGAAAUGUGCUCCUUUGAUUUUUUGUAAUACGUCAAGUUUUAUAAGCAUACUUGCUCUAGCAAAUGCUGCUAAAAAAAAUGAUGCUCUCUGUUUGGAUGGCCAAACAGCACUCAGUCAAAAGAAAAGCAAGAACAGGAAUAUUCUGCUUUAUUUCUGUAGCCAUUCCCAUUUUUGCAUCUUUUUGAUGACUUAUUCCUAUUGAAAUACAUGUAUUUGCCUAGCUGAACUAUAGGAUUACUCUUUUCUGCCACAUAACAACUGCCACAUUCACCUUCUCACUGUCAAAGUCACGGAGGACAGAUAUCAUUCCUAAAAGAAUGUUAACCCUUUUCUUAUUCAGAUAGAAUGUGUGGUGUUACAACUGUAUCCAAGUUCAAUGUUCUCUAUCUUGCAAUAGAAUGGACCAAAUGUAGGAACAUUUUUAUUGUCAUAAUUAAGUUUCAGAUUAAAUUGCUGCAUUACUAUCCAUAUCUAUCCAGUUGUAUUGCUAUUUACUAUCCUUAUAAUGUGAAUUCAAGAUUACAUAUACAUGUACACAGGUAUAAAAACAUUUCUUCAUUUUAAAAGGAAGAAUACUUGGUCUAUAUUGUAAUCUUUUUGAAAUGAUAUCUAAAAUUGAAAGUACUAAAAUUAUUGUUUACAUUUCUUUUCUCAAUUGCUCUAUUUAUUAUCCUUCAAUACAAAAGACAAGUUCAGUUUAUCAAUUCUUUUGCAAAAUGACUGGUGUUAAAUUCUUAUUCCCAUAUACUGCCCGUGAUUUGAAAACAGCAUCAACAAAUGAAGGGGAAAAUUAUAAUCUUUCCUCAGAUAUUGACAAUAACAAUGACAACUUGUUAAUCCCAUGUUUACGACUGUAUGAGGUAUUAGGGAAACUUUCAAUUUUUGUUUUUAUUGGUGAACGAAAAUAGUGAUAGAUUUCAAAGUGUGCAAUACCUAUCAUAUUAACGCAGGGUUUACUUAAAUGAAAUACCACCCAUCGUCUUAUCCUAGUAUGCUAACCUUAUUUUGUGUUUAAUUUUGUUCUGUGCAAUUCUUAUUUAUCUCUUAGUCAGGGUUUGGGUAAUGGAAUCAUAAGCUUUUAUGUUAUGCAAUAGAAUGUUACCAUUUCUUUGGUUAUUGUUGGUACACUGAAUUUUGACAGGGUAUGAAUGAAAAGUGAUUAUGCACCUGCAAAGUACAUGCUCCUUCUACAAUUAUAUAUCCUGCCAUUCCUCCUGUAAACUUAGCCUCUUAUCUUGCCCAGGGGCCUGUUUCACAAAACUUGUCAUCAAUGACAAAUGACAGUAUCUGUGAUAAGCUACUGAAAUCCUUACUUCUGAUUGGUUAU